GGAGCAAGGUACAAUGGAAUGAUGCAAUCAUGGCAUCGGUGAAGUCAACGCGAUGGACUUCCUAUCUUGAUUGCAGGCCCGGCGCUUUGCUAUUACCUUCAUCCGUCCCACGGCAAGCUCAGUGCUCCGUUCUGUGGACCCUUUGAAAGUCCUUCCCAGACUCGGUGGACUCCGGGUUUCUAAGUGAGCGCUCAGAAAGCAUCUGACCAAGCUUGGCCCACAAUACUUCAUGUCCUCCCCUACGACAACGACUACUUCUAGCUCUUCUCCACUGAAUGGAACCCCUUCGGCCAAGCGUCAUGGUAGGAGGGGACAGUUUGAAAUCCGGAAUGGUCUACGACAUCACUCUUACGACCGAGAGAAGGCGCCAUAUCCGCUCGCCUAUUCGCCGGACACACUGGAGCUGGAGCCUAUUGAUCUGCGGCUGUUCGACCAUUUGAACAACGGAUCUUGCACCUUCGUCGACUUCUCAGACGCGAGCAUCUGGGAUACCUCGGACGGAGGAGCACAGCAUCCGGAACGCUCUCUUGAUUUGGGGUGUGGUACAGGCUCAUGGAUCAUUGAUGCGGCCAAGGAGUGGCCAGAGUGCGAGUUCGUCGGUUUCGACCUUGUGGACGUCCAGAUACCUCUCCAGCUUUUGUCGUCCGAAUACGAAUCCAUCGCCGAGCGAAUCACAUGGGUUCAUGGCAAUUUUCUUACGAAUAAGCUUCCAUUUGAAGAAGAUGAAUUCGACCUCAUCCAUGUCCAUGGGAUUGCCUUGGGAGUUCCUGAGAGCAAGUGGGGAAACUUACUUGAGGAAAUCAAUCGCGUAUUGCGGCCAGGAGGAGUCAUUGAACUAGUAGAAGAAGACAUCAUAUUUCCCCGUCUUCCAAAAUGGUUCACCUCUCCUCUGCGAGCACGACCUCGACGGUCGACAUCCGUACACUUGCCGAGCGGUACUCAACGUGGACUAUUCCCUCCCUCUGAUACCCAAGCCAACCAUACUCACGAUCAUGCUUUGCUCGAAUCCUUAUUCCGAGCUGUUUUUGAAAGUCGCUUCAUCAAUCUGAAGCCAACAGCGAUUCUCCCCAGUUACUUUACGACAUAUUUCCGACAUGUCAAGCAAAGCCCGGUCGUCAGCUUUUACAUGCCACCCUUGCCACCCUUACAGCCUUUGCCGCCUCAGAUCAUCACAUCCUAUGUGGUUGAUCCAAAUUCGGACACUCUGGACUCGCGAACAUCCACUAUCUUCCCGAACAUGGCUCGGUCGCCAUCGGUGUCCUUCUCAUCGGUUUCGACAGGCGAGUCUUCUAUUGCGGGUUCUGUGUUCACGCGUCCGAGAAGAAAGUCGUCCGUCUCCACGUCAGAUUACGGCAGUCCAAACUCGGAUUCCCUUCAUCCCAGCCAAGCGGAACUACCCAAGCAGCCCUCGUCACCGAAGACCUACACCAUGGAUGUGGGUCCCCGGCAUGCUCCAAAGUCACCAGAUCGCAAUCCAAUUCGGGUUCAGCUCGAUCUUCUCAACGAACGCUCACUUGCUAUGCACCUGUAUAGAUCGCAUCAGAUUGUUCUCGCUUGCCAGGAAGAGAUGUGGGAGGAGCUCAAAGAUCGGAUCUGGAACCGGAAGGAUGAGCUGAAGCCGUUCGGCUGGGAUGACGACGAGGAGCUGGAAGAGCUGCAGAGUCGCAAGAAGUUUGAGCUUCUCGUCACCCGCUAUCGGCAUGACAUGCAGACCAGGAUUGCCUUAUGGUGCUCCCUGACUGGGAUCGGAUGGCAACUUCCACCAAGGGAGCCCCUAUCCAAGGCAGAAUUGAUCGAAGAGGAGAGAAUGAGGGCUGCGAUGUUGGAAGCACGGGCAUACUCGGACUUUGAUGAUGAUCCGCCCACCUUGUGUCGCUCGUUUCGUGUAUUAGUAGGUUGUAAAAUGUAAACGAGUAAAACCUGUUGGCACGGAAUAAUCGCCCGAGUUUGGUACUGUUUGCCGGACACCAUCACGUCCAUCAUCACCUUCAAUUUUUUCUCCACCAAGGCAUGGCCGCGACCGCGUCGCGUUCGCGCCAGCCACACGAUGUGCCCAUGCCACAAACGCCCGGCACCGCGUCGAAGCAGCAGAAGGUCGCCACGAUGAAGAAGGGGAAGGGAAAAGCAAAGGAACAGCCUUCGGCUCCGAAACGGCGGACACAAAUCCCGCCCUCGGCCCCGCCUUCCGGGCCAGCAUUGGACUGGGCCACCCUAACCGAUUCCUCGGCAUGCAACGUGCCUCCCGUGUUCACCAAGGACGGCAAUUAUUUCUUUUCGUUGGUGGGAUCGUCCGUCCACAUCUAUGCGUCAGUAACGGGAAAGAUCGUUUCGACUUUGAGCAUCCCAAGGCCGGCCGGUCACGAUACAUCUUCCGAUGCUAUGACUUGCGCUGUAUUGAAUCCUCACAACGCAUUCCAACUCAUUACGGGGUCUUCGGCGGGCAUCUUGGCUGUAUGGGAUAUUCUGGACGCCAAACUUCUUCAGGCCAUAGACAUCACUCAACCUAUCCACCAUAUCUGCGUGCACGAGACCCAGAAGGAUAGUGUGUUUGUCACAGCCUCCAGGCCGAGUAAAAAAAGCGGAUCAGACGACAACGGCGUCGUGCUACGCGUCUCCCUCAAACCCACCGACGCCGCUUCGCAAUCGACGUCUCAAAAGUCUUCGGAAAUCACGCCGAUCGGGAAAAUCCGCCAUCCAACCGGAUUGGCAUUCUCUCCCCGGGGAGAUUGGCUGGUCGCGACUGCUGGGCAUAAGUCGUAUGUCGCGUCCAUGGGGUCCGUCCAGGCUGGAUUCACUAAAUACGUAUCGCCGGAACGUCUAACGUGCUUGGCCUUCCACCCCACGGAGGAUUACUUCGCUACUGGCGACGAGAAGGGCAACAUCCGGUUGUGGUAUUAUCUCAAUCAUCACAGUGAAGCCACUGGGGUCGAGAAGAAGGCACAAACGUCGUCAUUUCAUUGGCACGCACAUGCUGUGUCAUCCCUCGCAUUCACACCGAACGGCGCAUACCUGUUGAGCGGUGGAGAGGAAGCCGUCCUUGUUAUCUGGCAACUGCACAGUGGCAAACGGGACUUUCUGCCACGCGUCGGAUCUCCCAUCAAAACGAUCAGCGUCUCUCAUAACGCGAAUGGCGAAGAAGAGUAUCUGCUCGGUCUCGCUGACGCCACCUAUUCCUUUGUUGGUGCCUCCUCCCUCAAAAUCAACCGUUCUUACUCUCGUCUGAAACUCGAUCCCUCGACGGUCUACGGUCUUGCCUCGUCUUCUCGACAGACUCCCCUCGCUAUCCAUAAGGCCACAUCCUCCAUCAUCCUUCCCUCCUCACAUCCAUCAUCUCUUCAGUUCUACUCUCCGGAGACGAAGACUGUUCUGUCCGAACUGGAAGUCUCCCCUUCUAAUCGAGUAUCCCGACGCGACGACAAGCCCAUAGAACCUGCACGUGUUGACCGAGUGGUGUUAUCUCCCUCUGGUGAAUGGCUCGCCACUGUUGACGCGCGGGAAGGAGACCAAGACAUUCACGGGGAGUCGUAUCUCAAACUAUGGCGAUGGGAUAAGGCAACCGGACACUGGAUACUAAACACGCGUGUUGAUCGACCGCAUGGACUAGGAAGAGUCUCUGGGGUCGCGUUCUCCUCGGCGAGCGAGGCUCAGUCCAUCUUGUUGGUCUCCACUGGCGAAGACAACAAUGUUAAAACCUGGCGAGUGCAGACGGUGCAGAGCAAAGCGGGACCUGCCGAAGAAUUCUGGAUCGCGCGGUCCAGUGUAUCCGUCCAAGACGAAUCUCCUUCGCAUGUGUCCUGGUCUCCAGACGCAUCCCUUUUUGCAGUCACCCACCCCAGCCGUGUCGCCCUUUUCAAUGCCGCGACCAAUCUGUUGAUGCUAUCCAUAUCAUUGCCAGAGUGCGGAACGCUGGAAGCUGCCUAUUUCCUAGGGUCCACCGGCCGAUACUUGGCCAUCGUUGGACCCUCCGACGUUGUGUUGUGGGAUUUGGUUGAGCAGCGAGUUCGAUGGCACAGAAAGAGUUCGAACGUGAUCAUGGCGUUGGUUCCACAUCCACGGGAUGACAGUUUCGCCGUUGUCGAACGAAAUCAGUCCCAAGUUCUGUUGUUCCACGCCGCGUCUGCCCAGCCGACACGCACCUUGAAUCUCCCUUUCAUCCUGCGAAAUGUCGUCUGGUAUCCCUUCGCGUCGUCGUUCUCGCUGGUCGCAAUCACUGAGGACUGGAGGCUGAUUCUCAUCGGGGAGAAUGUCCGUAGUGCCACGGAAGAGAGCACUCUGUCGAAGGAGAUGGCAGUGGAGCGUGGGCCCGAGCGGAGGAGCAUAUUUGAAGAUGUCUUCGGCACGUCCUUCAGCCAGACCGUGCCUUCGAAACCCUCGGCAUCCAUGUCGACAGCUCAACCGUGGACCGGGAAAGAGGGACGUAAGGUGUUCGUCAAUGUUGCAUAUAUGUUACCCCCUCUCGAGGACGUUUUCGACUCGCUGAUGGAUGGUUUCUUGAAGCCGCGGACGGACCAGGUGGAGGCCGCAGCGCCAGUUGAGGUCACCACAGAGGAUGUCGAGAUGGAAGGGCCAGAGGUAGUUACGGUUGGCUCCCCACGGGAGGUCGAUGACGAGGAGAUGAGCGUCAUGGUGGACCUCUUCAAGAGACACACAUUGAAAGGCCUCAAGCUCCUCGAGUUCCCGCCGCCGUCAACGGAACGGUCAAUGGCCAUACGAAACCCGUUCGUCCAGCUGCGUCGACACCGAAAGCUAAAGCACAGUCGAUCAACGGAGCAGCACCUGCUCCCUCUUCUCCUGCACCGUCAUCUACUCCAGUCGUCAAUGGAAGGAAGCGCAAAAAGUCUAUGGGUUGAUAGGACAUCAGUGUACUAGUGAUUCGUACCUACAUAUCUUCGUCGGAUAGAAAAUGGGUAUGAGGCGGCCAUGCACGUGAUCCAGGGGAGUGGUAAAAUGCCACUUGAAUAGGUGCAUUUCCGGAUAGAUAUGCAUAUAUAUUGAACCAGGUAUGUCUACAUGCUAUUGCUACAUAUUUUAGUGAGCGUGUCGAAGGUAUGAUAAGCGGUGGCGCAGGAUGAGUGAGUGAAUGGAAGGUAAGUAAGGUAGGUUAAGUCACAUGCAAGGUGAGCAGGCUGGUCUCAGAGACCACAUUCAGCCCACGACAUCCGAUUCCACCUCAGGGGCGGUCCCAGUCCGUUCAGCCUUGAUCAGAUCAUGAGACAGCCGCUCCUCUUCAGGUGUCGUAGCGCCGCGGGGCAACUUGGCCAACACGCAGAUGCUGGUCAACUCCUUGACCUGCUCGACGGUCAGCCGAGAGCCGAGAUCCUCCGAAACGUAUAUCUUCUUCAGCGGAGAAUUGAGCUUUAGGCGGUCCUUGACGAAGUGGAUCAGCACCGCCGUGUCGAUGGAUUGGCAGUCCAGUGUGACUAGGUUGGGUGCGACAACUUGGUACUUGUCGGUGUAGGACUGGAAGAAGAGACCGAAGAACUGGUUCGCGACGUUCGCGACACGCAGAUAGGCGAGCAAAGGCAUCGAGUCGAGCCAGCGCAUCAUGCCGAAUCCGCCAGUCGGGUCGAACUGGAUGGAAUACGUGGUCAGGACCCGGACUUUGGGGAAGGCCGAUGUGAUCUGCAUGAAGAACGGCAGGUAGUCAUCCCCGCACAGGUUCAUCAGCGUCAGAUCGUUGACGUUGGGGGCGCUGAUUUGGGCAACAAGGAACUGCACGUAGGCCCGAGUGAAGUCGGCGAUCACAAGGGUUCGGAGAUGGGGCAGGUGGACUGGAACGAUGAAACCCGUUUCCUCAUACUGAGGGCCAGCCCCGUCCAACGAGAGCUUCUGGAGCAGCGGGCAGCUCUGGAGGAUCCCGCGAAAUUUUGCAAGGGUGGGUGAGAACGUGACUGGAAGCCGGCGAAUGUCCAGAGUGGUCAAGUUUUUGAAGACGGAUUGUUCCCAGACGACAGGCAUCCCAUUCAAGGACACAUAGGUGAGGGAAGGGGGUUGGAUGCCACCGAGGAAAGGAAGAGCGGCGACAUUGGGCCAGACGAGAGACAGCCGGUUCUCGUUCUGGUGACCGCUGCGGUGGAGUUCGAACCGUUGCAACAGGGGAACACCACUGGGACCCUGGGCGUGCAACAGCUCGAGAACCACCAAAGCACUCCGCCAGUCGUUAACAACGACAAUCAACAUCCGAAUCUGGGAUAGUUUGGUGAACAGCCUUGUGAGGACGACACGCAUCUGGUCUGCAGUCUCCGUCGGCACCUCGUCGAGAGUGAGAGGCUCAUCGUCUGGAAGCCCCGGGUCCUUGGGCGAGCUGCAGUCGAUGCGGAUGUCGAGGGAAGCCUGGCGGGAGCGCUCGAACCAUUCGAACGGACGUUCGGUGUCCGUGAUCCCGCGGAACCAAAUGGCGUUCCAGAGCGUCGAGUCGUGGAGUGCGAUGUCGCGCCACCGGCGGCAGGUCGAGAUGACGAAACGGAUGAUGUUGGACAUGAUCUCGGUGGGGAGGUCGUUGACGCGAAACGUACGGAAAUAUCGAAGCCAGUAGUUCUGGCGCGCGAAAAGCAUCUGCGCUCGGGUCUCGAUCUUUAAAUUAUCGCACUCCCUCCCUGUUCAUCACAACCCUCUCCUCCUCGCUCAGCACACGGGGUUCCCAAUCUGCAAGGAUGCGUUCCAAGUGGUCGGCGAGGCCCUUCGGAUUCGGGAUGGAUGGGUUCGGGUUUUGCGCGUUGGGGACGGGUCGACAGGUGGAGAGAUAGGCGAGAAAGGCUUGAUCUGCCCGGGGGAGGAAAGCUAGAAGCAUAUCCAUAGGCAUCUAGUUGCAUACGAAUCAGCACUGGAAGUAUAAAAGUUAGUGGCAGAACGCGCACUUAUGCGUAUUGGUAGCGUGGGUCUGUAUGGAUAGCGAAAAUAGAGUAGAUGAGGAAUCGUGGCGGCGUGCGCGCGACUAUAUAGUCUCCAAUAUGUAGUCCAAAGCGCGGACCCAACCGAGGUCCAAAUUAAAACAAUGCCAGGCGCGAGGCCUUGAUCCAAAUCGACAAUGUGCAAGGCUUGCGCUUUCCCCGUCGACAAAUUCCCAGGGUCCACGUGCACCCACAGUCACCCACAAAUAGAAUUUCGACCCUGCAACGCCCUUCUCCACCCCAAAGCGUGGUCUCCACAGCGGGGGACGACGAGUCCGGACGGCCCUCGGGGCAAAGGGAGCGGGUGUAAAGCGAACGACAGGUGCAACACACACAAAGACACAAGCAGUCAGAGAGGGAAUGAACGCGCUCAAGAGGACUAUGAAGGAGGUAUCGCGGGCGGGCAGUCCUCAAGCCAGCGAGCACCCGAGAACAAGCGGGGGAGGGGACAAAGGGAAGGGGCGAUAGAUCCGCGACUGUCAUCCUUUUCAGGCGUAGCGUUUGCCUUUGAGUCGAGCAGAUGGCUUGCCUAGCCAAGGAUCUUUCCGAGAGACAAAGCAAGCUCUUGACGGGCGUUUCUGCCGCAUUUGGAAAUGGCCGACGUCU